AUGGAGAUGGACGAGUACUUUCCCUUGGGCCAAGAUGAGGCCGUCACAGACGAGGACGAGUUCGAUGAUACGGACGAGGACGAAGAAGAUGAUGAAGAUGACUAUGCCGUGGAGAGUGUGAGACGAGCCUAUUUUGGAGGACGCACAGUGGACUUCCCCGCCCCCUCUGCCAACGGAACAAAUCACCAACCUCAUCACGAAAUUUCGCUCGCUGCAUCUUCCUCCUCUGCAUCCAACUCCCCCUCUCUCAAGCACAAGGUGGUGCCAGCAGCAUUCCCCAUCAAGAAGAGGAAGAGACGAUCAGCGUGUCACUCGUGGACCAACGAAUCGCGGGCAGCCGAAAUCGUGCGCCAAUUCGCGCCCGAUCGAACAUCUGCGAUUUUCUACUUGUUCCGUCGCAUCGCCGGCGGCGGGAUGAACAAGAACCUCAGGAUCGUGCCAGCCAAGCGCAACCCGCCCAAGUACUCGUGCUUCUUCGAGGAGCUCGGCAUGGUGUCCGACCCGGACAACGACUCGCACUACCACGUGUGGGCGUUCCCACCGAUCAACUCGGCCGCCAGCCGGUUCAUGGCCACCUACGUGGGCGCUACCGAGCUCGAGGGCGUCGAACUGGGCGGCGCCACAAGCGACGAAGAAGACGCCAACAGCGGCGCCGGGACCAUCGCCAAGGAAAAACCAAAGCGCGGCCGGAAGCGAAGCAAAGAGAACAACGGCGAACAGGGACUGAGCGGCAAAGCGAAGAAGGAAGCGAAGGUCGGGGACGAAGAAGGCCAGCGGAGGCGACAGGGCGACACGACGUCGACGGACGACACCUCGGAGAUUGAACUGGAGAUGGAAUACGACGAAGCAGCGUACGGGUACCACCGCGUGGGCCAGACCGUGGCGGACCGAGCGAGGCCGGCGCAGCGCCCAGGGGAUUCGACGCGAGCCAAAGGUGGCACAACCGGCAACACCAUGACACCGCCGAUCCUCCUGGUGAGCGAAGCGCAGCAGAACGGCCGUGCGUACCACGAGCAGCAGCCGCAGCAGCUGCCCGCCAUUCACGACGACCACCUGGCCCACCUCUACUCCGACCUGGCCGCCGCCGAGCACCUGUCUCUCGACGAGGUGCUCGAGCAUCCUGCCCUCUUUGGCCCCGAUGGGGUGGGCGCGAGCGGCACGCUCUCAAGUCCGAGCUUCGGCAACCCCAGUGAACUUAUGCACACGUUUCUCCUCCAAGAGCUGGAUCUUGACUCGAUCAACGUUGACUUUCGCAAGCGGCUAACGGGACGCUCCGGUAAAGAUUCAACGGACAAUCGGGCGUGGUCCGUCUAUGAAGGCGUGUGGCAGGGACUCAACGACGUGGCGGUCAAGAUCUACCACGAGGAGCGAGCCUACCAGACCGAGUGCCACAACCUAUGGAAGUUCAACCACCCCAACGUGCUCCGCGCAUACGGGCGGCUCUACGCCAUCCCGGGCCGCGACAUUCAGGGGUGCGUCGUACUAGAGAAAGCAAACCUGGGCGAUCUGCACUCGUGGAUGAUCGACAACCGCAGGUACCUGCACGACACACAGUUCAUCUCCCACUUCCUCGAUAUCGUCAAGGGUGUGGCCGCUGGAAUGCACUACAUCCACUCCUCGUCGCCUGCGCUGAUUCACGGCGAGUUGAAGCCGAGUAAUAUUCUUCUAUUCGGACACAAGUUUGAUCUUCACGGCACACCUCACUACCUCGGCCUUCGAGCAAAGAUCACGGACGUGGGAAUAAGUCACGACUUGGCCAACGAUUCGGCAGUGCGAGGGCGAGGCACGACCGAAAAUGAAACAGCGCGCACGUUGUGGCAGCCACCAGAGCAGAGAAGCUCCCACGCCGCCGCUUACUACGCGCUGGGGACCGACGUACUUCCGUUUGGGCUCAUCCUCUGGUCCUUCUGGAGCAAAGCGGUGUCCGUGGAGCAGCUUCGUCGCGUUUUGCCUCUCUCGGGAGCGGAACGGCCGCCCAUCCCCAAGGAGUGUCCAACGCAGUGGGCCUCGCUGAUCGAGCGCUGCUGGGCUCAUGACACACGAGAGCGAAUCAGUUUCAAGGCAUUGCUGGAAGAACUGGGCAAGAUCCAACCAUGA